AUGCCAUCACCAUCCUCACCCCCAACCAAGCGCAAGCGCAGCGCCUCCAACCUCCCAGUCCAAGGCUCCGACCUCCAACCCUCCUCGCGCGACGCGUCGGGCGAAGAAGGCGAAGACUCCGGCCCACCCGCCCCCGAAUCCAAGAAAUCCUCCAAUGCAAAGGACUCAAACCCGUCCAAACGCGCCCGCAAAAGCUCCGACGCAAACGCCAGCGCCAACCCUAGCACAAAUGGCGCGGAGAUCAAUAAGGAGGAUCCCGGCGAACCGUCCGAAACUACCGUCGCUAGUAGUGAUAUUGAGGGCGGCGCUGGAGCUGGAACUGGUCUCAGGCUCGGCUCGCGGUCGCGACACAUGAGACAGCUCGAACAAGCCAAGAAAGCCUUCCCGGACACGUAUCUGAUUGUCGGUGUAACCGGCGACGAAGAGACACACAUGAGAAAAGGCCUGACUGUCCUCAGCGGCGCCGAGCGUGCGGAAACUAUCCGUCACUGCAAGUGGGUUGAUGAGGUCAUUCCCAAUUGUCCCUGGGUUGUGACGCCUGAGUUCCUCUCGGAACAUCAGAUCGACUACGUUGCUCAUGACGAUUUGCCCUACCAGGCUGCUGAGGGUGAUGAUAUCUAUGAGCCUAUUAAGGCUCAGGGUAAAUUCCUUGUUACUCAGCGGACGGAGGGGGUUAGUACGACUGGUAUUAUUACGAGAAUCGUCCGCGACUACGACCAGUACAUCUCCCGACAAUUCAAGCGCGGCGCUUCCCGCCAAGAACUCAACGUAUCGUGGCUAAAGAAAAACGAACUCGAAGUCAAACGCCACGUCGUCGAGCUCCGCGAUAACAUCCGCACCAACUGGACCCAGACCGGCCAAGAACUCGGCCGUGAACUGCGACAGAUCUGGCAGAAUAGCCGGCCCGGAAGUCCGGCGCCCAGUAACCGCAACAGCAUCGAUUACGGCAGUGCUCGCGGACCCCUGGCUAGCCCGACUGGUGGGAGCAAGUCGCAUCUUUCCCGUGUGGAGGCGCUCAAUCGUCCUGAGAGUCCUGGCGUUGGUGGACGGAAUGAGGACUUUGCGACGGGGUAUAGUCUUGGUUUGAUUGGUGGUGUGCGUGCUUGGAUGGCUCGCAGCCACCAAUCCCUCAGUCACCCCCAAUCGCCUAACAACGACGAGUCCGAGUCCGAGCAGAACGGCUACGAUGAGGAAGUUCGCGGUCGAUCGGGUAAGGGCGUCUCUGCGGAGCAGUAG